AUGGAGCACCGCUGCCCUAUCCAUAGUCUUCCCGACGAGAUCCUCGUCAGGAUCUUCUGGCACUCCUCCUCCAAUCAGCAGCCGUCGACGUCCACAUGCAAAUCUGCGAGCGACGCGUUAUGGGCCGUGUUGCAUCCGGAGCCCAGGUUCAUCUAUGCGGACCCUUCCGUAGAUCCCCCCAUCCAUCCCGCAUUCGACCACGAUUACCGUGCGGACGACAAGAUUCCGUUACAGUCGUUACCCACUCCUAUACUCGCAGACGCCGCGCGAAAUCUCCUCAUUGCGUCCGUCUGCCGCCGCUGGCGAAGGAUUACUCGGAGUUACAUCACCACGCUUUUCGUCAGGAAGAACAUCGUCGUUUCUCUCCAGGACCUUUCGAACGCGGUCGCCUGCUUCGCGAAUCUCUCCCAUCUCCAUCUGAGCGACGGCAGCGUGGAAACCCUAGACGACGCGUUUUUCACCCACCUCGCCACGUCAUGCGGGCCCAAGCUGACAGCCCUCCACGUAGGACGUGGAAUCACGCAUACGCUGGGCAGUGAUGAUCCUUACUGCGAUUCCAGAAUUGAUCUUCACCCCGUAUCGGAAUCCGGCUUAGAUUGUUUCUUCCAGCGUUGCUCUCAGCUGCAGCAGCUCUCCCUUUACUGCCUCCAUCCAAACGCUAAGCUACCGGCUUCCUUCUUCCAGCUCACGGAUCUGCACACGCUGGUACUGACGGACGCAUCCGCGUUAGAAGCUCCUGAUCUGGCGAAUCUCAGUUCCCUCACCACCCUCCUUAUUGCAUCCUUGAAACUCACGCGUCAGCAGCUCUCCAACCUCGUUCGCCUGCGCAGCCUCACCAGCAUCUCCAUCUCGCAAGCAACGCAAGUUGAUCACCCGGCUGCUCUCCCCAUCGCACAGCUUCCCAAGUUAAAGUCGCUGGAAUUCCGAGGAUGCUGUCCCGAGUUGUUCCCGUCGGGAGCGGCGAGCAGCAGCGUGGAGCGGCUGCUCAUCUCCCACUAUGAACGGCGGAUGGGCCUUCGUGACGACAUUGCACAGCUGCUGCCGCGCCUUCGGGAGCUCUCCAUUCUCGAGUGCGAGAUGUUUUCCGAGCUGCCCGAGAGCUUCACUUCCCUCAGCAAUUUGGAGACUUUGAUCAUCUCCUCCUGCGAAUACUUUUACAGCCUGCCGGAGAAUUUCGGGCAGCUGCCUGUUUUAAAAACAUUGGUGCUGGACGCUCUGUAUUUCCGCGAGCUUCCAGACUCCUUCUGCCAACUCACAUCCCUGGAAACUUUCAUCCUGACCGAAUGUGGUGAGAUGGACCAAUUGCCUGACGAUUUUUGCAACCUCACAUCGCUCCAGACCCUCUGCAUCAUGCACACGGAAGAGUACGAGUACCCGAUUCCGGACAGCAUUGCAGGGUUCCCUCGACUCCAUACACUUUAUUUGAGGAGUGUUUCCGUACAGCAGCUCCUGCCCUCACUCCCCCAGUUGACUAGCUUGACUCGGUUGGAACUGGACAGGUGCCUGAUGGAGGGAGACCUUCCUGGGGAUCUAGGCAAGCUCAGUAACCUGCAGCAGCUGCACAUCAGUUCCUGUCCUGUGAAGAGGCUGCCAGCGUCCUUCACUGCUCUCACGGGCCUCCAGAUCCUCACCAUUGAGCAUUGCAGUCCCCUCGCUUCGAUAGCAGCAGGGAGCCUGCACAACCUGACGAGGCUCAAGCAGGUGGACCUGGCAGGUUGUCACGUGCGCACUGAACCUCCUCACUUGCUGCCUCGCUCUCUUGAGGUUCUCAGCUUAGAGCUCCCCCACCGAGUCCCCUCCUUACCAGAUCUCUCCAUGCUGACGAAUCUAAGGAGAUUAACUCUGAAUCUGGAGGGCGCAGGACAAGGAGCAGCCGGAAUCUGCAGCAGCAAUUGCAGCAGCAGUAGCAGCAGUCGCAGCAGCAGCAGCAGCUCGCCUGAUUUGAAAAACCUGGAGCAUGUGGAGUAUUUGGAUCUAACCAUUGGACAGGCCGUUAAGGAGUUCCCCUUUUCUCGGUUUCCUUUCCCCCAGCUUCGCGUCUUGAAGAUCUCCUUUGGAAACCGGAUUCAGAAGCUUCCACUCCACCUCGGGUGCGAUCUGCCGCAGUUGCGGAAGCUGCAGUUGCGCAGCAGUGAGGGAGUGACAGAGCUGCCACACAGCAUCACGCGGCUGCAGCACCUCACAUCGCUGGACGUAGGAUACACCUCCCAGCUCGCCUCCCUCCCAGAUGGAAUCGGUGCCUUAUCCAGGCUGAGAAGGCUGUGCCUGUCCCACUGCUCAGCACUGCAGAACCUCCCCACCUCCCUCACGCGCCUCACGUGCCUUCACCAGCUGAACGCUGAGGGCACAUGCAUCCGCACCCUUCCAAGCGUUGCCCAGCUGACCAGGCUGAGGUGGCUCUACUUGGGAAAGUGCGAGCAGUUGCAGGUGCUGCCAGAGGGUUUGACUGAUCUCAAACUGCUGCGGUUCUUGGGGGUGAAAGGGAGUGAGGUUGCGAUUGGCAGUGUGGGUGGGCGGCACGCUGCUGAUGUUCUUCCCGGGGAGGGACGAUCUCAUGCUGCUGCAGAUCCGCGCACAUGCGGUCUGGUGUACGAGCCUGUGCCGGACCUGGGUCACUUCCCCCACUUCUACAGCCCUGCGCCUCCUACCAACGCCUCUGCCAGUGGGGGCAGUGAAGCAGCGGGCGAGAGUGCGGGCGAGGGUGCGGGUGAGGGGGCGGGGAGCAGGGGCAUGCCUCUGUCAGCCGUGGUGCAGGCAGUGAAGCUGCCUCUCGCCCAGGGCGUUCAUGUGCUGCCGCCCUUCCUCUCCGCCUCCUGA